GAUGUAUUGACCUAUGAUGAUGUGCAUGUGAACUUUACUCGAGAAGAAUGGGCUUUGCUGAAUCCUUCACAGAAGAAUCUCUACAAAGAUGUCAUGCUGGAGACCUACAGGAAUCUGAAUGCUGUAGGCUACAAUUGGGAACACCAUAAUAUUGAAGAACAUUCUCAAAGUUCCAGAAGAUAUGAAAGGCAUGAAAGAAGUCAUACUGGAGAGAAACCCUCUGAAAAUACUCAGUGUGGUAAAGCCUUUGCAUGUCAAAAUUAUCCUCCAAGGCAUGAAAGAAUUCAUACUGGAGAGAAACCCUAUAAAGGCAUUCAGUAUGGUGAAACCUUUGUACAUCACAGUAGUCUCCAAAAGCAUAAAAUAAUACAUACUGGAGAGAAAUGCUAUAAAUGCAAUCAAUGUGAUAAAGCCUNUUCACAUUACAGUACUCUCCAAAUACAUAAAAGAACACAUACUGGAGAGAAAUCCUAUGAAUGUAAUCAAUGUGGUAAAGCCUUUGUACAACAUGGUCAUCUCAAAAUGCAUAUAAUUACACAUACUGGAGAGAAACUUUACAAAUGUGAUCAAUGUGGUAAAGCCUUUUCAUUUCAUAGUACUCUUCAAGUACAUAAAAGAAUACAUACUAGAGAAAAGUCCUGUGAAUGUGAUCAAUGUGGUAAAGCAUUCGUAGGUCAGAAUGAUCUUAAAAGACAUGAAAGAACUCAUACUGGAGAGAAAUGCUACAAAUGCAAUCAAUGUGAUGAAGCCUAUUCACAUUACAGUACUCUCCAAAUACAUAAAAGAACACAUACUGGAGAGAAACCCUAUGAAUGUAAUCAAUGUGGUAAAGCCUUUUCCUCUCAUGGUCAACUUCAAAGUCAUCAAAAAACUCAUACUGGAGAGAAACCUUACACAUGUAAUCUAUGUGGUAAAGCCUUUGUAUGUCAUAGUAGUCUGCAAGUACAUAAAAGAAGACAUACUGGAGAGAAACCCUAUAAAUGUAAGCAAUGUAGUAAAUAUUUUGCCACUUGUGGUGAAUUUCAAAGUCAUCAAAGAAAUCAUACUGGAGAGAAACCUUACUAAUGUGAUCAAUGUGGUAAAGCCCUUGGAUAUCAUAGUACUGUCCAAGUACAUAAAAGAACACAUACUGGAGAGAAACCCUAUGAAUGUGAUCAAUGUGGCAAAGCCUUUGCAAGUCAAAGGUAUUUCCAAGUACAUAAAAGAAUACAUACUGGAGAGAAACCCUAUGAAUGUAAGCAAUGUAGUAAAUCAUUUAUCUCUAGUUUUAACCUCCAACUACAUAAAAGAGCACAUACUAAAGAGUAACCCUAUGAAUGUAACCAAUGUGGUAAAGCCUUUGUCUCAAGUUAUCUCCAAGUACAUGACAACACAUACUGGAGAGAGAAGCCC